AUGACCGAUCGAUUGACAUCAGAUAUGUCAUUUUGGCUGAAAUUUGUACGUGACUCGAAACUCUCAGUUAAUAAUAGUAUUAUAUUAAAAUAUAGUAUGAUAUUAGCUGAUCGUUUUUCAACAAUCGAAGAACUUUUAGCAAGUGAUGAUAAUGAAUUAAAUAAAUUAGGUAUUACUAAUCAAACUGAUCGUAUUCGUUUGAUUAAACAAGCUCGUCUUUUAGAUAAUAAAACAAAUGAAUCAUUAACAUUAAAACGACGAUCAGCUAUUGUUAAUCGUAUUAUUGAUAAUGAAAUUGAUAAUAAUCAAACUACACGAUUGAAUUCAAAUAUAUUAUCUAAAUCAACAUGUAAUUUAUCACCAGCAAUGCUUUCUCGAAUUUCAUUUAAUAAUCGUCCAGCUUCAAUUGUUGAAUCAACAAGUGAUAUACGAAAACGUAAUUUUAGUCAUCUAAGAAAACCCGAAGAAAAAAUUAUUACUGUUGAUAAUAAUGGAAAAAUUCAAACUAAAUUUACAUUAUCAUCACCAUUUGAUGAUCAAAGUAUAUUAAAAAAACCUCCAUCGACAUCAAUUCAUGGAAUGCGAACAAUAAAAUCUCUUUCUGAUACAAUAUCAUUACAAAAAAAAGUUAAUCUUGGUACUGAUCGUCUUAAACGACUUGAUUCAUCAACAUCAUUAUUUCAACGACAAACAUCAUUCAUAAGUCAAAAAAUGACAAAUUUAGCUAAUAAACUUGUAAAUCCAUUUACAAUAAUUAAAAAGAAAAUUGAACCAUCAACAACAACAGUUGAUAGUCAAAUUGAUUUACGUACAAAUAUGAAACGACAAGUUUCUCUUGUUGAAAAUGAAAAAAAUAAUAUUACAAUAAUACCAAAACGAAUGGUAACAAUUAGUCCACUUAAACGAACACGAGAAGAUGAUGAUGAUGAUGAUGAUAAUCAACCAAAAGAACGUCAAAAAGUACAAGCAUUAAGUGUUAAUAAUGAAAUUCGACGACCAACAGGACUUUUCUCUUACGAUGAAGAAGAAGAAGAAGAAGAACCAAAACGUCAUAUUGUACCUGUUGAAACAUUGGGUACUAAACGAUUCAAACUUGGUGCUACAACAUCAUUUCUAACUCGUUCACUUGCUAAUCAUGGUCUAAUUGAAUAA